AUGGUCGAAUUAACUGAAAUUAAAGACGAUGUCGUCCAAGUAGAAGAACCACAAUUCGGCGGAAACCAAGCCAUUAUCGAAGAAAAGACUGCCGCACAAAACGACGAUGUUGUAGAUGAUGAAGACGAAUCUGACAGUGAUUUCGAGGAUGAAUUCGAUGAAAACGAAACAUUGUUCGAUAGAAUAGUUGCUUUGAAAGAUAUCGUACCUCCAGGUAAGAGACAAACUAUCUCUAGUUUUUUUAGUUUUACGAGCUCUCUUGUAAAGAACGCUUUCUCCAGAUCCGGAAACCUUGCCUGGACUUUGACUACCACUGCGUUGUUGCUAGGUGUCCCAUUGUCAUUGUCCAUACUAGCUGAACAACAGCUAAUUGAAAUGGAAAAGACAUUUGACCUACAAAGCGAUGCUAACAAUAUAUUAGCCCAAGGUGAAAAAGAAGCACCAGCAAUUGCCAACUAA